CUCCGAGGUGCAUUGGCCGUAGCCUCCUCUCUAAGAUGAUUAACACACUACAAUUCCACCAAAAGGUCUGGCUCAUCACAGGCACCUCCUCUGGCUUCGGGAAGCGCCUAGUACGAUCUGCGCUCGCACGGGGAGACUAUGUCAUUGCCACUGUGCGAACGUUCGACCCUUGCUCGCUUCCAGAAGGCGAUCGGAGUCGACUGCGCAUUAUCAAGCUCGACGUUGCGGAUUCCGCAGAAAACAUCCAGCGAGCCAUGGAUGAGGCGCUCUCAAUAUGGGGACGCGUAGACGUCCUGGUGAACAAUGCCGGCUAUGGCGCGAAGUCGCUCAUAGAGGAGGGAGGAUGCGAGGUUGCCAUGAAGCAAUUUCAAACCAAUCUGUUUGGUGUGAUCAAUGUGACCAAUGCUAUCCUGCCGCACAUGCGGGAACGAAAAUCGGGCACUGUCGUCAUGAUCGGCAGCAGAUCCGCCUGGAAAGCAGAUAUGCCCACUGCAGGCAUCUACAUCGCAUCAAAAGCAGCUCUGCAUGCACUUGGAGAGUCAUACGCGGCCGAGCUCGCCCAAUUCAACGUCCGCGUCAUGGUCUGCGCCCCAGGCGCCUUCCGCACCGAAAACGUGCACAACGUGCCCUACAGCUCAACUCAGCACAUACCUGCGUACGACGCGUUGCGCGAGCGUUCGCUCGCGGGCUUCAGCGCGGUCGCGAAACAGGCGCGAGGCGACCCGGACAAGGCGAUGGAGGUCCUUGUGGAUGUCGUCAGGGGCGAAGGCCGCGCGAAGGGGCGCGAGAUGCCGAUGUACCUCUUGCUAGGUAACAUCACGUAUACGCAUGCGCGGGCGUAUUGUCAGCGGUUACUGAAGGAGAUGGAUUAUUGGGAGGAUGUGGCGAAGGAUCUAGAUUUUGAUCCGGAGGAAUGAGAGCUUGUUCGGGACUGGUAACGGUUAUUAUUAUAUGGGACUCGUAGAAUACUUUUAUUGCUUUAUAGUUGUAGCUUAGAGUUCGGUGCACUGUUCACUAGACAUGAAUUGUAGUACUGUACACAUACUUCGAUCUUAAUCUCAUACGGCCGGUGACAGC